UUAUUAGUUAACUGAACAUUGUCCGUACCGGUUGUUGUUUUCUGUUUUGUGCUGCAGUCAUACCGAUAAACCUUGAAUUAAUCUAUUCAUAUGUGUAGUUCGUGUGUGUUCGUGUGCUGUUUGCGAAAAUUACUAAUUAUUGAUACAUCUAUUACCGCCGAUACCGAAUAUCCACCCGGUUAGUCUAGGAAAAUGACGAAGAGCAAGAAAAAGAAAGGCCGCUUCUGACAAGAACAGUAAUAUAAAAGGGGAAGAGAUCGCUACCGCCUACAUAGUGACGCCGCCGGGCACGCCACCAAAAAACGGACUUAAGACCGCCAACAACUACGGCAAUGGCACGAGUGGAAGUUCCACUGUCCCCUGGGAACGGGAAAUCAUUGGGCAGUUUCUGCUGGAGAUGGGCGACAGUCAGAAGAUCAGUGCUCGCAAUGAUUGGUACGUGGAUAAGACGCAAAUGCGGAUGCUCUUCGAGGACUAUCUGGAAAAGAGUCCCAAAUACACGGAGCUUCGCCUUAAGCUGUCAGCCAAUGGAGCCUAUAAAUCUAGGAAAAUGACGAAGAGCAAGAAAAAGAAGUCCGCUUCUGACAAGAACAGUAAUAUAAAAGGGGAAGAGAUCGCUACCGCCUACAUAGUGACGCCGCCGGGCACGCCACCAAAAAACGGACUUAAGACCGCCAACAACUACGGCAAUGGCACGAGUGGAAGUUCCACUGUCCCCUGGGAACGGGAAAUCAUUGGGCAGUUUCUGCUGGAGAUGGGCGACAGUCAGAAGAUCAGUGCUCGCAAUGAUUGGUACGUGGAUAAGACGCAAAUGCGGAUGCUCUUCGAGGACUAUCUGGAAAAGAGUCCCAAAUACACGGAGCUUCGCCUUAAGCUGUCAGCCAAUGGAGCCUAUAAAAUGCCAUAACUGUAGAUACGGGGACUGGAUCAGCUGAAGUCCAGCUUAGGAAGGCCCUACAGCUGCAAAAAAAAACGUUUUUUCAAAAACAGUACCACCGCGAACAGCAGACUUUAAUUAGUAAAUUU